ACCAAGAGAAUGGCUGAUAAAGGUCAAAUUGUGUUUGAAAAUUUUUAUCUACGUUAUAGUUUAGAUGGGGAUCAUGUUUUAAAAAAUCUCAAUAUUCUAAUACAGCCAAUGGAAAAAGUAGGAAUUGUUGGUAGAACUGGUGCAGGUAAAUCGUCAUUAAUAGGAGCGUUAUUUAGACUUGCUCUCAAUGAGGGAAAUAUCACCAUCGACGGUAUAGAAAUACACGAAUUAGGAUUACAUGAUUUACGUUCCAAAAUUUCUAUAAUUCCUCAAGAACCAGUUUUAUUUUCGGGAUCAAUGCGAAAAAACCUAGAUCCUUUAGACGAAUACCCAGAUCAUGCUCUUUGGAAUGCUUUAGAAGAAGUGCAACUUAAAACCGUCGUUGAGGAUUUGCCCGACGGUCUGAACUCAAAAAUGUCUGAAGGCGGGUCAAAUUUCAGCGUUGGUCAAAGGCAAUUAGUGUGUUUGGCUAGAGCAAUAGUGCGUAGUAAUAAGCUUCUCGUGCUGGAUGAAGCUACUGCCAAUGUCGAUUCACAGACCGAUGCAUUGAUUCAAAAUACGAUUAGAAAUAAA